GGUCACCAUGGCAACAACCAACCACUCAGUGGAGCACCCAUUGUUCACCAUUGAACAGAUUGAAUUGAUUCGGCGACUUCGAAGUAGUGGGAUUUCCAAAGAAGAAGUCAUCCAUGCUUUUGAUGCCUUAGAUAGACUGGAUAACGAGCUACGGGUAUUCUCCAGACCUCCUGCUAAUCAGAAUCUGUCUCACAAGCAGACGACCAAUGAGCAAGUUGGUAGUGGAACACCCCCUGGUCAAGUACUAGGCACUCAGACCAGUCAAAGAUUGACUGAUGCAUGCGAUGUGCCAGGCACUUAUGACUUAAUGGAAGAAACAUGUUCUAACUUGUCGAACACGAGUUCGAAUGACCUGAAUACCUUACUAGGAGCCAGUACGAAUUCAGUAAGAAGUUCAAGUGUUCAGGUUCUUUCGGAGGAUGAUACAGAAGAGAUGAAAGAAUUUCUAAAGAAAGGAGAAGAAGCUGUUUAUGAAGAAAUCCGAAGUUUUGUACAACAACAACAUAUAACACAGAUGCAAAUAGCUACUGGUUCAGGCCUGAGUCAAUCUUAUGUGAGCCGAUAUUUAAGGGGAGACUACUGUGAUAUGUCAGAGAGAAGCUGUAAAGCCAUUUACAAUUGGUACCUUGUUGUCAAGAAGAAGACUGCUGUCUCCACGAAGCCUAACCCAGUCAUGUUCCACUCUAUCACUGGAUCAACCAGCCAAGGGGUAACCAUAGUUCACACGUGUCCUCCCCAAGAAUCAAUUCUGACAUCCACACCAGAAGCAUUUCCAAGCUUGCCUCAGCGACGAGAGCGCUUCACAUUCAGGCCGUGUCAUUUAGAGGUUCUGGAGCGAUUCUUCACUGAGGACCAGUACCCCAGUGCUGAGAAGAGGGAGGAAAUCUCAACAGCCUGCAACAUGGCUGUCAGCACAGAGGUCAAUGGAAGAGUGUUGACAGAGCGAGAAAAAGUUCACCCACAUAUUGUGGCCAACUGGUUUGCUAAUCGCAGAAAGGAACUCAAAAAGAUGGCCAGGGACGAAGGCGUAUUAGAUGCCUCCACCUUACUGCUGAGUGGGAGGAGUAGGUGGAAGCCCGCCCCUGGGGAGUUGCCUAGACUGGAACCCUCCCCUUUGUCAGAUGACAACGAGAGAUCCUUUGUAGUGGAUGGAACAGAUGAGCAGACUCUUUCCAGGGCAGUUGAAGUGGCAGCUGUCAAUCAAGCCAUCCUAUCACUGACAGGACAAACACCAUCUCUUGGAAUUAAACAUGAACUUUUGAACAGCAACUCUGACUCAUUUAUAGUUGGUCACAAUGGGUCCAUAGACAUAUAAUUUCACCAGUUUGUAAUUAUCGUAUUUGUUUGCAUAUUUGAGUUACACUUGUUACCUUAUAAGGCUUUUGUGCAAAGUACAUUGCAUUUUGUAUUUAUUUAUUUAUGUGAGUUGGAGAAAACCGGAUUGCCGGUUGUAAACAACCAAAAUUCAGCAGUUUACAAGUGAUCUUUCCCACUUGUGAUGGACAUAUAUGCACAGAGUCUUUAAUGAAUGAUGUCACAGAUAAUGAAACUUUUUGUCACCAAAGGCUCGAAAACAGUGAGAGCGUUGAAUCUUCAAAUGACUAGGGCAGUGUUUGAUCUUGCACUUCAUGUGUCUUAAUGAUUGAAAGGCAAGCACCUGUAACCACUCUGCUAUGACCCACUCCCUUGUCUUUUGUAAAACUCAAAAGAAGGUUUGUUUUUUAACAUGGG